UGUUGGGGACAUUGCCCUUGCUGCUAUGGAGAGAAGAGAAAGCACUGUGAAGGAACAACCGCUUCAGAACCCCGUGAAGCCUCUCUGGGAUGUGCCUGUGUGAGAGCUGCAGCUGUAGGGACGGUUACCACCUCUAUAUUGGCAUCACCCCGAGCCCCAGCUCCUCCUCAGCACGUUGGGAAGUGCUUUCCCAGUGCAAACCACCCAGCAACACAGGACUGCCUUACACUCGUUGCUGAACAGGUUCCUUCAGAUACUGUGUAAAACAUCUGAGGCUCUGCUACAAGAUCUCUUCCUUUCAAUUUUCUUUUUUUAUCUCUAACUAAAAGUGCCAGCAUAGAGCCUGCUGAUCAUAUACUUACAGCUAUUGAGUCUCCUUGUUCUGAACAUCCCUGGAGACACUCUGAUGUCAGUAGAAGUCUCUCACAUUCAGAAAGGAUCUCUGUUUGCUGAAGACCAGCAAAUGUGAGGUGAUUUGAAAGAACUCAGCGAUCUAGAGGAAUUGAGACAUUCAUUCCAAACAGCUAUGGACAAACUAGUGAAAGAUAUUGAGCUUACAUUACAGGAAACCCAGAAUAAUGGUAACAAGAGGCACAAGAAGCAGCAACAAGUGAACAUGCAGGGUGCCAUGAGAGACAUACCAACAUCAUAUUUCAUCUCAGACAAUACAACUGAGAACAUGGAUGCUAGGAGUCAUAUGGCACACUUGGAUGUGAUGGGAAGAGCAAGUACUUUGCAGUCUGAAGUAUCCACCAGUGUGGAAGAACAGAAAGAGCUUUGCUACAUGCAGGUCACUGCUGCUGACAUUGAACUUCAGAGGAUGUGGUGCAAUUUUAUGCUGGCUGAACAGAAAUAUGAACAUGAGGAUAGUGACAAACAAAGGCUUCAUGAAGAGAGAAUGGCCCGGAUUCAUCAACAGUUUAGACAAGGACUCCAAGACCGGCUCCUGCCUCCAAACCAAAGUGUUUUGUUUUUCUUAUACUGCUUCACCUUUAUAUUUAUUAUUUACAUAGUAAAAGACCUGGUCUUUUACUUUUUCCAAAACCAUCACCAGUUCUCUUUUGCUAUUGUGCUCUUUCUCAUUCUCAAAGGGAUUUUCCAGGAUUAAAAAUCUAGGACAAAUGUGCUCUUAAAAGAGAUAGAAUAUCGUUCAUUUUUCUGCCCCUGAUCUUACUGCUUUUUGUUAUCCACACCAACAAAUAGUUACACAAAACUAACUGACUUCCUGAAGAAAACUGGAAAUGGAUGACAUGAUUUGACAUCACAUUGUCUUUACAAAUAAAAUAAGAAGUCUCCUUUGAACAUGGUUUAUUUUUUUUCCUCUCCUCCUUGGAUUAACAGAGUGGCUUGGCUUUAUCCAUCUACCUGUAUAUGUAUUUUUGUGCAGAAGUUUCAGAGCUAAUUCAUUAGUUGUGGAAAAGUACUCAGGAUAACUUAAUAUUGCUAUAAGUUCAUUGCUAUCUCUGCUUCUGGGAUAGACACGUUCCCCUCUGUGCCGUGGCACUCUCUAUACUUACACACAGCUUCAAUCAGCAAUAAACCAGCAAGUACUGGCAAACACAUACCUUAUUUGUAACUCAGGUGUCAUGAUUUCUGAAGUCUCCCCAGUGAUAAGAAAAGGUAUCAAAUAUAGCCCCAAUAAAAAGGCAUUCUGUCUA